AGCGUUAAUAAAGCAUUUGGAAUCCCCAAAACAAGCAACAUGAAUGCCGGGAUAUUUGUGUUCCUCGCACUGGCACUGGUGCCCCUGAGCAGCGCCACCUUUGACCCGAGUGUCAUCUGUUCUCUAGUUGUCAGUGGCACGAAAUUAAAUGAUCCUCGUGUGUGCAAUGGCUGGAUUGAGUGCAUCGAGGGGCAGCCAGUGGCCGGCACCUGUGGCGCUGGCCUCUUCUACGACAGGGAGAGCGAGAAGUGUGUGGACUCGGACAGCAUCCAGUGCGUGUCGAGUGAUCCGUGUGCCUCGGUGCUGAAUGGCUUCGCCGCCGACCCGUACUCCUGCAGCAGCUACUACUACUGUCUGGCCGGGAAGGGCACGAAGGGCUACUGCCCCACGGGCAUGAACUUCAGUGCCGGAACGGAGAACUGCAUAAGGAACUAUCCCUGCAAGGUGAACAUGGAUCCGGACAGCUACUGCAACAUCCUGCCCGACGGCGUCUUCAUCAAGGACUCCAGCAACUGCAACGGCUGGCAGAUGUGCUGGGACGGCGAGGUGCUCAGUGGCACCUGUCCGGGCACCUUCUACUUCAGCGCCAGCUCCGCGCGCUGCGACUAUCCGCAGAACGUGGCCUGCGACUACACCGUGGAUCCGGUGAUCGCCGAGAAGGGUGUCUGCGCCCAGGCGGGCGCCUUUGUGUCCGAUAAAGCGUCCUGCAACGGCUACUACUACUGCCACGAGCUGGCGGAUGGGCAGAUGGCGCUGGAGCAUGCCGUGUGCUCGGACGGAAGGUUCUUCCUCGCCGCCGAUGGAGGCGCCUGCGUGCCGCGCUCCAAUGUGGCCUGCCCCUACGAUCGCUGCGUGGGUCUGGGCAACACGACCAUUCAGCUGGCCAGCGAGUCGGAUGACGGCUGCCGGGGGUACUCCAUAUGCCAGGACGGAGUCAGCAUUGGCACGGGCACCUGUCCGGCCGAAGAGUACUUUGACGAGCUGACUCAGCGCUGCACGACGGCGGUAAUAUCUUAUCCCGCCUGCCAGACCCAAGCUGUGGCCCAUACAGCCAUGAAUGAUGACACGGCCGGAACCAGCACAAGCGACAGUCCCAGCCACAGCACUAGCACAGAAGCCGCGUGAGCAGCAUACGCAAUCGGCUUUAAUUAGACACUUGUUAGAUACUCCCCACCACGACAAAUAAACACGAGUCUGCUGCUGCUGCUGCUGUCA